CCCUUUACACCAGGCAUGAAAAUUCUUACGCUGAGGAAGCAAGAACAGGAAAUGCAAAGCUCUGCACUGAGAAAGUUACUGGCAUCAAACAUGGCUCUUGUACCGGCACCAGGCUACCAGCCUGAAUAUAACCCGCCUAUCCCUUACACUACCCUGAUUGCUGGUGGUCUGCGACAAGGAAUGGCUGUGUGUAUUCAGGCCCUUACUAACAGUAAAUCUAACAGGUUUACGGUCAACUUUGCAACUGGUGAUGAUGAGGGUUCAGACAUUGCCCUCCACAUGAAUGCCCGGUAUGACGGCCGUGACCGCGUUGUGUUUAACUCGCGGCAAGGUGGGACUUGGGGAGAUGAGGAACUGAAGAAGGAGAUGCCGUUUAAAGUUGGAAAACCCUUUGUGAUCCUGUUCGAGAUCACUCGAAACAACUACCUGGUGUCUGCAAGUGGAGAACGUUUCUAUGAGUUUGCACACCGGAUUCCUCUGGAAAAUGUAUUGUGGCUGCAAGUGACUGGGGAUGUGGAAGUUCAAUCACUCAACAUUUUGGGCUGUGGACCUGGCGUGAAAGGGACUCUUGUGCUGUCAGCCUUACAGACGCAGCUAUUGCCUAUGAUGGGACCCGCAGCGCUGAACCCAACAGUUCCGUUCAAAGCAGCUAUCAGAGGCGGGAUGGUCCCAAGACGUAGCGCGGUCAUAAAAGGCCUUGUGAAAUCUAAUGCCAAAAGCUUUGCUAUAAAUUUCAAGGUUGGCUACAGCAAUGAAAUUGCUUUCCAUUUGAACCCUCGUCUCAACAAAUCUACGGUGGUCAGGAACAGUUUUGUAAAUGGGGUCUGGGGAGAGGAAGAAAAGGAUUUGGCCAAAAAUCCCUUCAAGCAUGGGGAGUUCUUUGAGAUUUCUGUCCGCGCUGGAGAAAAACAUUUCAAGGUCUUUAUAAAUGGAUGUCACAGCUUUAACUAUGCUAAUCGCAUGCCGAACUUGCAGCAGGUGGACUGCCUGGAGGUGGAAGGAGAUGUGAAGCUGAUUUUUGUAUUCAUCUGAUCUCUUCUCGAACGAACCUCUGUCUAACAAAUCCCCAUGAGCAGUUAUCUCCAUGUUUACUGAUACUAACAAACCAUGCAUAAAAAUGUUUCUAUAAAGUUCAUAUACAUACUCAAA